UUUCCCAAGCAUCCCAAGGCUUGAGCUUCCCGCGGAGGGGGGAAGGGGCCCGUGCCGAUAAAAGGGAUGCGGAGAACUUGGGGAAGCCACAGUGCGAGGGAGCUUCAAAUCCGGGCUCCUCUCCCGCCUCUGGAACCCGCACCCCUCGCCGCACUCGUGGCCGCCAUGAGCCUCCCGCCGAGCCGCGCCGCCCGCGCCCCCCGCCUUUCGGGCUCGCUGUGCGCGCUGCUCCUGCUGCUGCUGCUGACGCCGCCGGGGCCCCUCGCCAGCGCCGGUCCCGUCGCGGUCAUAGUGAGGGAGCUGCGUUGCGUGUGUUUAACCACCACACCGGGGAUUCAUCCCAAAAUGAUCGCUAAAAUGCAGGUGAUCGCGGCCGGGCCACAGUGUCCCAAGGUGGAAGUCAUAGCCACCCUGAAGAACAAGAAGGAAGUCUGUCUGGACCCAGAAACCCCUGUGAUGAAGAAAGCCAUCCAGAAAAUCUUAGACAGUGGGAAAAAGGCUGAUUAAGAGAAAGGACCAUGCGUUGGAAAAAAUUGCCCAGUUCCUUGGCCGAGCCGUUUUCUGCGUGUCUCAGGACCCAGUGAAGACGAAAGCAAGGGCUGGUUUUCUCCAGCGAGUUAGGCUUUUUCAUGAACUCCCUACUUGUGAGAGAAGGGCUGAGCGAAGAUUUAUUUUUGUCCUUCCAGCUUAAUGCCCCGGUCCUGAAGUACUUCACAUAGUAUUCCCUGCUAUUUAUUUGCUGUUAUUUUGCCUGCUGUGCUAUUGAAACCUUUGGCAAUUGACUGAACUGUGAGUCAAAAAUCACUGGUUAUUAAUCGUUCAAGGUGACUUUUGUCAUUUUAGAAUAUAUUCCUGAUACUGUUACUGAGGAGGCUGGGGAUUUCAUGUGUGAAUGGUAUUUCAUUAGAAUGCUGUAUGUGAAGAUAUAUUGCUAUCUUUACUCCUCAUGAAAUAGGAAAUGUUUUAGUAUUGUUUCUUGGGGAAUAUGUCAGGAGAACUCUUUGCUCUUAGACCUGAAAUGCUGAGUUGUAUUGCCUUAGAAAGCUGAGCGUAUCGUGCAGUUAUCUGUAUAAAAUAUAUUUCCUUAUUUAGAAUUUUUAAAUGUUUAAGUUCUAUAAGGAGUAAUAUAUUCUUUUCCUAUAACUUUAGACAUUUGAUGUCUUCUUAGUAUGGCAUAAUGUCAUGACUUACUUGUUAAACUUUGAUUUUAUGGUAUAUAUUAACCAUUUUGCUAGGAGUACUAUUAUUCUAGUCACUAAAGAUGUUUUGGAUAAAUGAAGAAGCUAGGAAAUAGGUAAAUUCCCUACUUCCAGUUUUUAUAGAAAUGCACUGUUUGCAUUUUUUAGCAACAAAGGCAAACUUAGCCAUGACCCGUACUCCGGCAGUUUUGAAAAUGUAUUUGCGCCAUUUAAAUAUAGAUUCACAUUUGGUUUUCAAGAAAUAUACGCAGGUUGAGGUUUUGACCAUUUUGUUAUAAAGAAUUACCUACGCAUCACACCUGCGAUGUCAAAAUUACUUUUCAUCAUAUGUCUUACUGGUUUAUGGUACUUCUUCUGUUCUUUGGAAAAAAUAAAAGAUAUAUAACAUUUA